UGCGGUAGUAGGAAGUGGUAAAGGAGAGAACACGCCAGUGCGCGGGUGGUUAAAGGGGACUGCAGGAUAUUUUAAUAUCCGUGUGAAUAAAUCGUCUUUGAUAGCGCACCUCCAUAUAUCUGCUAAAGAUGUCACCAGAUGAAUUAGUCUACCUAGGAAUCCUUGCUGCAUCAAUACCUGUAGGAUUCCUCUUCCGCUACCUAAGUCCUCCAGUCAAGCAGGGGGCAGCGUUGCUGUUGGGUUUAAUAAUCUCCAUAGCUACCUGUGGGCUUCACACUCUACACUCUUUAUUUACAGUGUUAGGAACAUGGCUGAUUAUAAAGAUCAACUGGCGAAGUGCCCCUGCCCUGUCUUUGGGUUGGACGUUUCUGUACCUCCUCUUUUUCCGUCUGGUCACCUGGUUUGGCCUCCCUCAACCAACACCUUUUGCCAAUGCCAUUCAGCUUCUUUUAACACUGAAGAUGGUCAGUUUAGCCAAUGAGAUUCAAAGUUAUCACUUGGAGAAGAAAAAGGAAGUGAGCACCUUUACCAAAUCUCCAGUGGUGGGAGGACUUUCCCAUGAGCCUUCGCUUUAUGACAUUAUAUCAUACAGCUACUGCUAUGUGGGCAUAAUGACAGGUCCCUUCUUCCGUUAUCAGACGUAUGCAGACUGGUUGCAGCAGUCUAAUCCUCUGUCUUUGCCGGGUAAAGAGCCCUGCCUCCAGAGGCUGAAGGUGGUGCCCAUUUUCGGAGCCCUCUUCAUAGCCGUCAACUCUGUCUUUCCCUUAUCCUAUGUCCGUACUGAUGAAUUCCUAGAGCACAACUAUUUUUACAGGUUUUUCUACAUGGUGGCAAUAUUCUUCGUAUUCCGGAUGCGGUUCUACUCGGCAUGGUGUGGGGCAGAGGCGGGCUGCAUUAGCGCAGGUUUAGGCUGUUACCCCCAGGGAGCGCUGUCCAAACCUGGAGGAGGGCCAACGGUCAAAUAUAGUCCUGAUCCAGACACAGCUGUGGAGUAUGACUUUAAAACGAUCCAGAACAUUGACUGCUAUAACACAGAUUUCUGUGUAAAGGUUCGGCAUGGCAUGCGCUACUGGAACAUGACAGUGCAGUGGUGGCUUCACCACUACAUCUACCCCAAUGCUCCUUUCAGAGCGUAUGCUCUCAGGGCUGGAUGGACUAUGUUAAUCAGCGCUUAUUGGCAUGGCCUCCAUGCUGGUUACUACCUCUCUUUUCUCACUAUCCCAUUGUGUAUCGCAGCAGAAUCAGCCAUGGAAGCCUCAGUCAGAGCCCGUCUGGGGCCAACAGGCCAAAAUAUCUUUGACUGGAUCCACUGGUUCCUCAAGAUGAGGGCUUACGAUUACAUGUGCAUGGGUUUUGUUCUCCUGAAGGCCAGCGACACCAUCUACUACUGGAGCUCCAUAUACUUCAUAAUUCACAUCAUUGCUGUUGUUUGCAUAGGAGUAGGACAAGUGAUGAAAGGAGGUAAAAAGAGAGAGAGAAGGGAACGAGGUGAAGGAGAGAAAGAGGAUGUGGUAAGAGAUAAGGCUGAGUGAAACGAAUGUGUUACGUGGUGAUCGUGCUGAUAACUGGAGAGUUGGUAUGUUUACAAAAAUAAAACGAUUUCCCAUCAUGCACUGUAAUAGCCAUCAACUGCCAUUUAAAGGGUUACUCCACCCCAGAAUGAUCAUUUUGUCAUUAAUCACUUACCCCCAUGUCGUUCCAAACCUGUAAAAGCUUAGUUUGUCUUUAAACACAGGAAAGUAGUACAUGGUCAACCCAAGGGCAUCAAUCUUUAUUUUAUUAACAGUAAAAGUAGCUUUCAAAUACCUUCCAUAAUUUUAAUGUUAUCAUUUAUUUUAUCAUUACAAAUGUUGUCUGGUGAAAAACGGUGCAGCUGUAUAGACUCAUCCUGACCCGUUCAGUAUUGUUUAAAUUGUUCUUGUUACUUUAAACAAUUGGAAAGAAAGAUUGUAUUAUAUUUUAACAGUGGUUCUCUGCUCAUCAGUGACCUUGGGACCCAAAUUAAUCUCCCACACAGAGUACUUAUAACUGAAUCCAUCUGUUUACAAAAAAACUGAUGAAUGUUGGACCUGUAUCCCUACUUUGAGCACAAAUCUAUAAUGGUGUCUAUGAGAUAAAACAAGCUUUGUGAUAAAAAGGUGUAUGUAUGGGACAUUAAAAGUUAGUCUGCCUUGUUUUUCAUCCAUUGUGAUGGAUGGACUCAGUAUCCAUUGCAGGUUAAUGUUUGUGUCAUAUAUAUCAAUAUUAUUAUUAUUUUACAAAGAAUGUGAAAGUAGUUGAUACCUUCUUUUUUCCACCUUUUUUACUUUCAGAAAAUAGGAGUGAAUGUUUUUGCUUUUUUUUUGUUCGUCGUUCAUUUUUUAGUUUGAUACCACAUGAUGUAAAGUGUAAAGAUCUUAAAAAUAAAAAAGAUCUUCUCAAAAGAUGUUUUUACAACAUCAAAUUGUUAUAUAAGAACGGUCUUAUUUUAAAACUGCGCUGGUGUUUAGUUUAUUGAUCAAUUCAGAUUGUAUCCUGGUUCCUUGUAAUGUCUACCUGCUAUGUUUUAUCGCUUUGUUUACUUUCUGAAAUAUUAAACAUGAUGUGGCACUCAAA